CCUUAAAUCCUUAAUAAACUAAUUUUGGUGAUGACCAAAAUGAAGGGAAAUGAAAACGAAUGAACAAUGUGACAUCUCCUUUUCUUUGACAUUUGAUUAUUUAUUUUGAAAACUUUCUUCCAUUUCUUUGCAUUUGUAAGAGUGGAUCAAUGACUCUUGCUAUGUUCUGGAUUUUACUGAGAAAGUUGCCUUGGAUGUCCAUUGUGUCUGAUCAUUUUGAUGGUAGAGGAUGUGAGUUAAUUUGUUCCCAAACCUUAACUCCUCCAUGCUGCUGGCUCGUUUGUUUUUAUGGGUGGCACCAUCAUGGAGCUUGGUAGGCAUUUGGGCAUCUCUAAAAAUGCUGCUGGUCUCUCGGGCAUGUCUGUGGUGCCUACUAUGCAUUCUACACCCCUAUUUGGCACCCCUGCCAAGACAGCCCAUUCAUCACCAGUAUAUUUUGAAUUCACUAUUCCCUUUUCUCCAGAGAGGGCCAGAGCUCUGUAAUAAGUUGACACCCAGCAUAUUCUGCAGAAAUAAUUAUUUUCAAAAAACAGAUGGGCGGUAAUGAACACGAUUUUAUAGUAAAUGCCUCAAUAAGCAUCCCUCGACUGGAAGGCAAACAGGAAACUCAGAACUAGGGUUCUCUGAAUUUCUGAGCUCAGUGUCACUUCUGAAUUUUUAGUAAGAUCAGUUACGUUGUUCCCAUGACUUAUGGGGAUAAGAACUCUCUGAGAACUCAGUAAAGAGGAUAUAGGCUUGAUCAGUCUGUACCAGGUAUUCAGGAGUUCAUUGAUUAAGACAUGCUCUCCAAAGCACUGAAACAGCCCUCAAGCAUUAUGAGUAGUAAGAAGAGUCUGGUUUCACCCUGGCUGAAGAUGCAUAGUUGCAAAGAGUAACCGUGAAUCCUGAUCAUUUGGUAGAUCAAAGUGAAAAACUAAAUAAUGGCUCUGAAAGCACUCUUUCAUAAGAAAUAAUCCCACUCUAAGCUCUCUCUGUCCUCCUUUCCAUAGAGUUAGUAACAAAGGUUUAAAAAUUCCUGAAGAAUAUGUAGCAUGAAAUAAAAAAAGGAGGGAAGAGGCGGGAUGCCAUGACGGUGGUGGAUCACAGGAAUCAAUGGGAAAUCCACUAAGCAGUGGGAAUAGGGUCUUAAUGGGCAUCAUUGCAGAAUGAGGUGAGACUGGGAAAAUGAUGAGUUAGGGUAGGAGAGGGCAUGCAGGUGUUCUGAGGACCAUCCUACCAUAUCUAUGAAAAUCAGAACAGAGAACCUAUGCCUCUGUGUGUGUGUGUGUGUGUGUGUGUGUGCGUGUGUGUGUGUGUGUGAUUGUAUGGUGCUGAAGACUUCUUAUUCCAAAGAAGAUGCCUUCUUCCCUCUUCCUAAGUGCCAUCUGGUGUGGUGAAAAGCAUGUUGUAUUUGAGUCUAGGACCAGUAUUGGUGGGAAAGUUGUUUGUGUGGCUUUUGACAAAUCACUUAACCUUUGGUGUCCUUAUUUACAAGGUGAGAGGCUGGGUUGGAUUUUCCAAGAUUGCUACUCUGUCUAAAACUUCAUGAGUCUGUAGAAAAAUACCCUUUGGCUGUGUGCUGAUUAAAUCCUUGCCAUACCAAACAAUGCCUCUUUAUUCAAACAUUGAAAUCGUUAAUAUUUUUAUGUCGUCACUGACCGAAUGUAAAAUGUAAAACAGAAGUCCUUGUGAUUAGAUUAAACCUUCCUUGCAGUAGGACGUUCACAGUUCAGUACUCACGCAUUGAAUUGCAUAUAUUUUCGGUGUUUUCACCGAGAAGUGAGAAAUGACAAAGAUUUGAGAAGAUUUGAGGACUGAAUCAUGCAGGAAAAUUAUGGAAUAGAUGGAGAAGGAAGCAUGUAAAUGCCUCAAUAUUAAUAUUGAGAUAUUAUCGAACUAAGGCGUUCUAUUUUCUUACGAUAUAACAUAAAAUAAAGGGGACACUUUAUUUUCAUCGGGAAUAACAAUUUAGAAAAUAUGAGCUCUGUGUUUUAAAUGUUAUUUCUAAGAUGGUUUGUUUAGGGCGUAUUCAUUCCCUUUUGUAGUUCUCGCUGCUCCCUGCAGUGUGCCUGACACAGAUAACUUGGUCCCUUUGCAACUCUAAUUUUAGUCUCUUUUGCAACUCUAAUUUUAGUCCCUUUUGCAUCACUGAGGUUGGGGAAAAAGUAGAUUGCACACGAAUGGCAAAAUCCUAGUCACCCUUAAGAUUUUUCUUUUCCCUUGAAGAAAAAAUGAGGGCUGUGCCUGUUAGAACCCAGGGCGGGGAGGUGAAGAGUAAAGUGAAACUGAUGAGGAUCCAGAUUUAUACCUUAUGGUUCACACGAAGUUCUCGAAGCCAUCCAGUCUUUUGAAAACCACUGCUAAUUAAAGCAGUGUCUGCUGAUAAUUCUGAUUCCAAUGAGUACUUGACCUUGAAUGUUGGGAGCCAACGGGAGAGAGACCGAGGAACAUUGACUUAUCCUUUAGAGGUCAAGGACAAGGCUUCCCAAGGAAGGGGAUUUAAAGCAAACGAACCUCAAGGAAUGCAGCAAAGUGACCUCUUCAAAGCUGAAUAUGUCUUUAUUGUGGACUCUGAGGGGGAAGAUGAAGCUCCAAGCAGACAAGGUGAACAAGGCCCCCCAGGAGGGAUGGGCACCACAGCUGCUCGGCCCACGUCUCUAGCAAUCUCUUCCAGUCUGGUCUCUGAUGUGGUACGCCCCAAAACUCGGGGGGCAGACGUCCAGGUUCUGUCACAUCCUGAAAUGCCUCAUGGGAUGGCUCCUCAGCAAAAACAUGGGCCGAAAACACCACCUGUCCCAGUCGACCUAGCCGGAGCCUCUGUCCUGGAGGAGUUCCACCCGAGGAGGCUGGAUGUCAGUGGGGCCCUGGUGGAAGAAACAGCCAUGUACUUUCAAACUUCCGCUCACUCUGCACCAUUUUUUGCACCGAAGGGCACGUCCUCGACGUCACAGUUCCCCCAUCCCGCUCAAUUAUCAGGUUCUCACUCAUCCAGUCCAAGUGCAGUCCAGCAAAAACCUGGCCUGACGUCUGAAGUCCUCAAGAAGACUGUCACCUCGCAUGUCCUUAGUCCCAGAGAAAGUCCGAGAACCUCUUCUCCUUCGCUGCCCUCCGGUGCUUCUCUGAAGUCGAAUUCAGCCUCCUACAUCCCGGUCCGCAUCGUCACGCACUCACUCUCUCCGAGUCCCAAACCCUUCCCCUCCCCUUUCCACGGCUCUUCUUCCACUGUCUGUAGCGAAGUGUCAUCCAGCGGGAACUUCUCAACGUCAGGGGUGAAAUCCCCAGUGCCCUCCCGGCUUUCCCUCCUCACUGCCAUCCUCAAGUCCAACCCUUCUCACCAAAGACCCCUUUCCCCGGCAUCCUGUCCCACCUUCUCUCUCAACUCCCUGGCUUCUUCCAGCCUCACACUCGAUCAAAAAAUUAAACAAACCUCUCCUACGCCUAAAAAAUCCCUCUCAAGUUGCUCCCUGCGAGCGGCGUCUCCAGAGCAAAGGGAAAACCAGGUUUCUGAUCUCAGCCAGCAAUCCUUUCCCUUCCCUUUUUCCACUAAAGCUGCUCCCCUUCCUCUGGCAUCCUCCCUUUCUCCCCCGAAACAGGGCAGUAGCAGCCUUGCUUCUUUGAAUGUAGAGAAAACGCCAUCCCCCACUUCUUUAAAGAGCAGCCCAAUGAUUUCCCAGCUGCAAACCAGUACCUCCAGUUCUACAGGUCUGCCUCCUGUCCCUCCAAGCUUUUCUCCUUUGUUUUCCAAGGGCAGACAGGAUGCUGACCUCAGGGGCCCAGGAAAGCCCAGGGAUAUUUCCCCACAUCCUUCUACGUUAGCCUCGUCGGCAUCGUCUUCGGUGUCUCCUCCCACUAACCCAAAAGCCAGGCUCCCCUCUCCAGAGAAAUGCUACCAUCCUUCCCCAGCUCUUUCAAACCUGAUAAACAGAUCCAAGAGAGCAUCAGCACCUCUCUCUGGCCCGGGGCAGACGCCUUUAGCUCCUCCCCCACACCCUGUCUCCAGCGCUGGCUCUGCCUCUCUUCCCCAACUGGGGUGCUCCGCUCUCCCUCGUGCUAAUCCGCCCACCGAGGUGCACCACCUCAGUCCCUCAGCGCUGCACCCAAAUCUUACCCUGCCUUCAAGACUUGGGAAAUCCGAAAGCUCCAUAUCUGACCACAGGUCAUCUGUUUCAUCCCCAUCACCUCCCAUCUCUCUAACAAGAACCAACGAGCUGAUUUCACCUUGUGCAUUGUCCAUGUCAACAGGCCCUGAAAAUAAGAAACACAAGCAAUACAAGACCAAGUCCAGCUACAAGGCUUUUGCAGCAAUCCCAACAAACACAUUGCUUUUGGAACAGAAGGCACUAGACGAACCAGCCAAGACAGAGAGCAUCUCCAAGGACAACACAUUAGAUCCACCUCUGGAGUUGUGUUUCCCUGAACAGCUCAGGCAGCAAACUGAAGAGCUCUGUGCUACCAUUGAUAAGGUCUUACAGGAUUCCUUGUCUAUGCAUUCUUCUGAUUCUCCUUCAAGUUCCCUACAGACAUUUUUCGGUUCUGACACAAUGAAAAUGCCUACAACUCUUCCAAGAGCAGCUGGUCGAGAAACCAAAUAUGCAAACCUCGCCUCACCAUCUUCUACGGUAUCUGAGAGUCAGCUGACGAAGCCUGGAGUAAUUCGUCCCGUACCUGUAAAAUCCAAAAUAUUACUGAGAAAAGAGGAGGAAGUCUAUGAACCCAACCCUUUCAGUAAAUACCUGGAAGAGCACAGUGACUUCUUUUCUGAUCAGGAUGUGCCUGUCCCUCCCAAGCCUUUUUCUCUCCAUCCUUUAUAUCAAACUAAACUCCAUCCUCCUGCUAAGUCUCUGAUGCAUCCACAGACCCUCCCACAUGCUGACUGUCUUACCCCAGGACCCUUCAGUCACUUGUCCUCCUUCUCCCUGAGUGAUGAACAGGAGAAUUCUCACACCCUGUCUAGUCACAACGCAUAUAAUAAGUUGAGUCAUCCAAUGAUGGCUAUUCCGGAACACGAAACUCUUGAUUCCGAAGAGCAAUGAAGAUGAAGAAGUGAAAACCCAGACUGGGCUGAAGCUUUUUGGAGUGCUGGUGCUAAUCACUUGCUAGAUUUAACUUUUAUUACUAUUUUUUUUCAGUCUUAGUGUUUCCUUUAUGAACUGCAGUGGAACUAAAAAAAAAGUUUCCUGCAGGCAUAUAACAUGGAAGUACUCACUAAUACCUGACAUAGGAGAUAUUUACCUACAGUUUCUCCCACCACUGUUAGAGCCUUGAAUGCCUUCUAGUAAGCUGACAGCAAUAUUAACAUGCCCCUCUAUUUAGCAGCCAAAUCACAGGGAAAUAGAAGGAUGGGUGUGACGAUUUUUCAACACCAGUUUUUUUUGUUGUUGUUGUUUUUUGCGGUAUGUGGGCCUCUCACUGUUGUGGCCUCUCCCGUCGCGGAGCACAGGCUCCGGACGCGCAGGCUCAGCAGACAUGGCUCACGGGCCCAGCCGCUCCACGGCAUGUGGGAUCUUCCCGGACCGGGGCACGAACCCGUGUCCCCUGCAUCGGCAGGCGGACUCUCAACCACUGCGCCACCAGGGAAACCCAACACCAGUUUUAUUUAAUGCACACAUUACUCCCUGAAUCAAGAUUUAUUCCCCUUCUGCUUAAUUUCUUUUUCAUGUAAAAAAAAAGAACAGCAACUUUUUAAAAAGGAGCCCCUGCCUGCUUUCAGGAGUUCAUUGGGGGAGCUCUUGAAUGUGAGAAAGUUGGUAUUUUCACAAAACGCAUGCUAUUUUCCUGUUCUGUUUGGGUUCUGUGCUUGAUGGGACAGACAGUCAUGUUGAGGUGGUGUUGCUGGAAUGUUUCUAACAUCACUGUCUCUCUGACCAUCACCACAUGAUUCUUGCAAAGGCUACUUCAGUGUUAGUUUGUACCCAUAAUCUUGGGAGCAGCCAAGACUAUAGAGCAAACCACACUGUUGGUGACAAUCCCGGAGCCAACCUUCAGCAGGCCCAAUGCCCACCAUAUUGGCCGUGGUCUCUUUUUUCCCAGCUGCCAUCCUCAGUAUCCUGUGCUCACCUUUUCUAAGUGGUUUCCUUUUUUCUAGCCUUCUACUGGGGCAACACACUAAGGAAGAGUCCACAAUAGUUCUGGACAGUGAGCUCCUGGUAGCAGAGGACUCUCAGUAGAGACUAUACCCUCGCACACAACACAUGCUCCCCUGGGAGCCAGCUCUGUCUGAGCCAUGGCUCCCUCAGACCACUGCUCCAUCACCCCCAUCAUCCUGCCACAGGCCAUUUUGGAAGGCUCCAUUGCCAGUCAUCAGUUGGCACCUGGAAACACAAAGUUCUCAUCAUCUCCUCCAUUAGUGCGUGAGAAGCAGUGGAACCUUAAUAAAGCUUUCUGCUCUCUCUCCUCCCCUAAACAAAAAUCUCUACCUGCUAAAUUGUGUGAGGCAUCACUUUAGAUUAUUGAUAACCAUCUCUAGUAUUCAGUGUGCUCUGAUCAUGUGUCAGGCACCAUGAAUUUGAUUUAACCUUCACAAUGAGCCUGUGAGACAAGUAAUAGUAUUUUUCAGAUUUUAUGUUUGUAAGAAUAGGCUUCAAAAGGUUAAAUCAAGUUAGUAAGUGGUAGAGACAGAAUUAACAUUCAGAUAAUCAGAUUCUAAGACCAAGUUAUUUAUUCAAUCAUUUAUCCAUUCAUUUUUGACUUUGAGAAUGAAAGGUUGAGUUGAUCACACUCCCUAGUUCAUUGCUGUUUUAAGUUUGGGCAAGACCCCCUCUUCUGUGUACUUGUUGAUUGGAUGACUGAUUGAUUAACUUUUAUAACAAUUUCUAUCUUCCCUUCUGCUAAAAGCACACAUUCUUGUGUUUGAUAAAUAUUCUUUACCUAUAUACGUUUUGAGGAUGUGCAUUGUUUUUCUCUGCAUAUGUAUUUAAUAAAAGUAAAUGACAUUAUA